AUGAGCUCCCUACGGUACUAUCGCGGAAACUUCACAUCCGAAGCCCCACUAUCCGAAGGAAAGGAUGCUGUAAACCGAAUACAGAAGUCUAUUCGACUGCUGACGGAAGAAACUGGAUCAGAGGGGUCGCACACGUGGACGAGCCCCGUACCAAACGGUUCGCUGAAGGAGCUUGUCCUGGACGAAGUGAUCGUUGACGACUACGUGCCAUAUGAACAGCGGCCAGAGACGUACAUCGUGCCGGUAGUGUUCGCCCUAAUAUUCAUCGUCGGGAUCGUCGGCAAUGGCACGCUGGUGGUCAUAUUUCUACGACACCGUGCGAUGCGCAACAUUCCCAAUACGUACAUAUUCUCGCUGGCCCUAGCCGACUUACUGGUGAUACUGAUCAGCGUACCUCUCGCAUCAAUGCUCUAUACCCUUGAGUCCUGGCCGUGGGGUGGUGCCCUAUGCCGGGUAUCCGAGUUCGCCGAGGAAAUCUCGAUCGGCGUAUCCGUGUUUACGCUGACAGCGCUCUCAGCCGACCGGUACUGUGCCAUCGUGAAUCCGCUGCGAAAUCUCCAGACACGCCCACUUACGGUUGUUGUGGCGUUUUUUAUCUGGGUGCUAGCCAUCAUCUGCGCGAUUCCAUCGGCGGUCAUGUCUGACGUGGUGGUGGUCCGACUUCCAAACAAAACCAUCGAGUUCUGCUCUCCAUUUGGACCACAGGCGAGAGAUUCCAGCUACUCAAGGUACAAAACGGUGAUAAACUCCAUCGUCUACUACUUCCUGCCGCUCUCCAUCAUCGCCAUCCUGUACGUGCUGAUGGCACAUCGGCUCCAUACCAGCGCCCGAGAGAUGCCGGGUGAGAAUGCUGGCCAUCAGAGCCGUUCACAGGCCCGAGCCCGUCGCCACGUUGCUCGAAUGGUUAUCACCUUCGUCGUCGUCUUUAUCGUUUGCUUCUUGCCGCAUCACGUGGUCGAGUUGUGGUUCCAUUUGAAUCCGAAAGCCGAGGAGGACUACGAUGACUUUUGGCACAUUUUCCGCAUCACUGGCUUCUGUCUCAGCUUCCUGAACUCAUGUCUCAAUCCUGUGGCACUGUACUGUGUGUCGGGUGUUUUCCGGCAGCACUUCCACCGGUAUCUGUGUUGCCGCCCAAUGACGGUCCAGCGUCGGAUCGGACUGUCGUCUGCCGGUAACGCCUGUGAAACGAGCUUCGUAUCGACCAUCCGUCGCUCGCAUAACAACAGCAUUCGGAAGUCGCUGUCGGUGCAGAGCGUCCAUGGGAAAAGGUGAAAGUUCGUGCGUCUGGUCGUGACUGGACGCGGUCGCGCGGACGCCAAAGACCAGAAUCUGCCGCAGGACCAGCACCAUCACCAACCAAAGGCCGGCCAGAUUUAAGAAGCUUUUCAUGGUAACGUAUCCUUACG